GAGAAUUCAGUUCGAGUUUAGCCUUCGAAUCGUUCAGACGUUGUUCGGAAAAAAGCGGAAAACAAAUAGUCCCCCUUGUACACCCAUACACCCAUAUAAAUAUUUUGUUGAAGAACAGCUGUCCCAUCAUCAGCCCAAGUGUGAAAAAGUGAAUGAGAAACAACCCAAAGGUGAAAACGAAAUUUACAUCAUAAAGUGAUCUAAAUCGGAAUACAGGAAUAAUACUUCCCUGAGCCGAAAAACAACAAAGUGAAAUUUUGGAUUAAUAUCAAACACAACACACAAAAUUUUGCCGUCGCAUUUUCUGUGGAUUACUCUUCAUCGACGUCAAAAGAGAAAAGCUACACAGUUCUGUAGCCAACUCAACAAUUCUCUGAGGAUUACACUUUAACAACAAAACUACACCAAGCAACAAAAAUGGUUGUCUUGGAAGGAGGCGGUGGUGUCGUUACCAUCGGCAAUAACCAAUACCUUCAACCGGAUUACUUGGCUCCACUCCCAACAACGAUGGAUGCCAAAAAAAGUCCCCUCGCUCUGCUUGCCCAGACAUGCUCACAGAUUGGCGCCGAUUCGUCGGCUGUGAAGCCACUUCUGGCAAUGGACAAGAGCAAGACGAAACCGGGCACCUGCUCGUCGUCCUCCACAUCCUCGAACUCGUCGAGCAACGGUGAUUUGUCGGCGGCCAAGUCCCCGGGCAGCCAGGCAAAAUCGCCCAAAUCCACAACGCCCAUUACGGCAACCGGCAAUACCAGCCUCACAACCACCGGAGAGAUCAAGCUGGCCUUCAAGCCGUACGAGACGAAUGUGUUGAGCCACCAGAACCAGAACUCCUUCAAGAGCAGCUCCUCCGUGGAAGAGCCGAUGCGCCCCAGCUCCAAGAACUCCUCGUCCGCGCAGGAGCGUGUGCCUUCGCGCAGCAAAUCGAAUGCCACACCAACUGAUGGACACAGCCGGACACAGGAGGCGACACCCACCACACCACAUGAUAAUGGCAGCCGGAAGACCGUUUCGCCCUCGGGUUCCUCACAGCGUGGCGCCAGCCCCAUCAUUCGCUCGGGCAUGGAGGUCCUGAGCAACGCCAACGGCACAGCGCAGCAUCCAAAGGAGAUGAGCAGCAUGGCUGCGGCAGCGGCAGCAGCAGCGGCGGCUUACAAGGCAGCCGGCCCCUAUGGCCUCAACUCCCUAUCGGCCAUCUGCUGUCCGCCCGGCAUGGAGCAGCACGCGAAUCCUGCUUUCCGUCCGCCCUUUUCCGGCGGCUUCUCGCACCAUCAUGCAGCCAUGCUGGCGGCGGCUGCCAACGGCGGUUAUCCGGGAGCUGGAGGCGGCAAUCCCGCCGGACAGCCCAAUCCAUACAUCAGCUACCAGCGCAUCAAGACCCCAGCAGGUGGGGAGGCCAUCGUGCCGGUGUGCAAGGAUCCCUACUGCCCCGGCUGCCCCUACUCGGCGCACACCCAACAGAUGCUGAUGGGCGCCCCCUGCCCGGCCGGCUGCACCCAGUGCGAGCACCAAAAGUACGGCAUGGCCAUGGCCAGCGCCGGUCUGCCUCCGGGCCAUCCGUACUCACAGGCGGCAGCCGCAGCAGCUGCCAAUGCGGCGGCGGCACGCUCCGCCCCCUACGUCUGCAGUUGGGUGGUGGGCGAUGCCUAUUGCGGCAAGCGUUUCCAGACCUCCGACGAACUCUUCACCCACCUCCGCACCCACACGGGCAAUCUCUCGGAUCCGGCUGCCGCGGCCGCCGCUCUCGCUCAGUCGCAGGCACAGUCCCUGCUCGGAACCUUGUUCCCACCAUCGGCACUCAGAGGUGGAUAUCCCACCCCUCCGCUCAGCCCCAUGUCUGCGGCAGCGGCAGCAGCACGCUACCAUCCCUACGCCAAGCCGCCACCAGGAUCCCUGGGUGGAGCCCCAUCGCCCUUUGGAGCUGGCGGAGCCUUCAAUCCGGCAGCAGCUGCCGCCGCUGCAGCUCUGGGACCGUACUACUCGCCGUACGCCAUGUACGGCCAGAGGAUGGGAGCGGCACAUCAGUGAAGAGUAGAGAGGAAAGAUUAAAUAGGUUUUUAAAUACAUACCAAA